AUGAAACCAAACGACACCCGAAUUGUGACGAACUGUACGAUUGAAAAGAUUGAUACGGAAUCUCAAUUCGACGCCAAAGCCAUUAUAUAUCGGGCGUCGAAAUAUAUUAACAACGAUUGGGUCGUUAUUUACCGCAAAAACGACUCUAAGAUAUCGUACGGUGAGUUCGCACAGUUAAGCAUUAGCUUGUGGUUAACAUACCGGGCAAUCAUGUGUCCAACGGGGAGGCUUUGUCCCCGUAUGGGGGUUCGAGAUCACCCAAUACUUUGUUGUAUUGGUAUAUAUUUCUUGUGUACAAACAAUCACUGUUUGAAACACACAGAAACACCAGUUGCCAGCGUUUCCCGAGUGGGACGACUCAAGUUUAAUAUCAGACAAUUUGCCUUCAAAUACCAUUUGAGUCAACCCUUUGCCGGCAAUUUAUAUCUGGCCAAAGGAGACGAGUAUUCACAGCAAUUGAGAGAACAGAAAACAAACAAUACCUCUAUUGAGACGAACUGUACGAUUGGGACGUCUGUUAUCUCUAACAAGAAAUCUAAUUACGAUCCCAAAGCCAUUAUAUAUCGGGCGUCGAAAUAUAUUAACAACGAUUGGGUCGUUAUUUACCGCAAAAACGACUCUAAGAUAUCGUGUUAUUCGCCAAAUGGGAGCCCAAAGUUAAAGACGAAUGAAAGUGAAUGCAAACAUUUGGCUAAUUAUUCACAAACUAUAUUUGAAUCAAUCGAUCCGUCGAUUGUCAAGACUAUCGAUGGCGUCGUUGAACUCAUUGCCGGAAAUCAAAUACUCGCUUACUAUAUAUUCUUCAGACGAGACGGACGGCCAGCCCUUUGCACAAAACCAAUAGACGACACGAAGAUUACAUGCAAAGAAAAGAAUAACAUCUUUGAUAUAUUGCCCGAUUGCUUCCCUCCUCCGCCUCCAUCGCCGACCUCUUUGUACAAUCGCUGCUCCAAAAAGGCGUUUAUCAUGAGAAUCCGGCACCUCUAUGGACCGCAUCCCCUCCACUACCAAACAGACCGCUACACAAACGGUGGACAAACCCGCACCGGGAGGACGACCUCUUUUAGACAAGAAGAAGACAUCGUCUCCGGACACGACUUCGGCUUCUCGUCAGACAACAACUCCUCAAAGUCCGAGAAAAAUGGAAGACAGAGAUCACCAAAACCAGUGCCGGUCACAAAACCCGCCCCAAAGGCCGCACAAACCCGUACUAAGGAACCGAUGGCACUGCAGACCGGCCGCAACGCUCCGGUCAUACUUCCGCCAAAAGCCAUCGACCCAUCAAUUGUUGAGAAUAUCGAUGCAAUCGUUGAGAAGCAGUCGAGAGAUGUAUUCGACGGAUACUAUGUAUUGAUCAGACGAGACGGACGGCCAGUCUUUUGCGACAAAUCUAUGUUUGACCCGAAGAAUAGGAACACGACUGACACGGAGUCUCAAUACGAUCCCAAAGACCUCAUCUUUCGGGCAUCGAAUGCAAGUGACAACCAAUGGGUCGUCAUUUACAACAAGAAAUCGCGAAACAUAUCGUGUUAUUCGCCGAAACAGACCCCAAGUCUAGUGACCAAUAAAACCAAAUGCAAACAAUUGAUUGGAAGAAAUCAAACAGUCAUCGAACUCAUCCACCCAUCGAUUAUUGAGAGUAUUGAUGGUAUCGUUGAGAAGACAUCGCGAAAAGUAAUCGACGGAUACUAUGUAUUCUUCAGACGAGACGGACGGCCAGUUUUUUGUGACAAAUCUAUGAGCGACACGACGAAUAGGUGUAAUUUGAAGGGAGACUUCACUCCUAUACGGGAGGACUGUUUCCCUCCGAUUAAAGGAAAGGAUGAGAUCCCUUGGGGUUAUAUCAUAGGGAUUAUUGUCGAACCGAGCACUUCAGGAAGGAGUAGUCCACCAAAUGACGGGUCAUCAGCACCACAGCCGCCCUCAUCCAAGACACCGGAGACCACAUCCGCACAAGAACUACAAUUACAACAAAAGAGUUUAGGCCUAUGGAAUUAUCGACAGACUGGCAUCACCACAAACACUACCCACUCCUCCCAAAUCACAUACAAGAGAGACGAAGACUUCGCCUUCUCGUCAGACAACAACUCCUCAAAGUCCGAGAAAAGCCCCGAAAUCGAGUGGAGGAAAGAGACCAUCAAAACGAGUGCCGCUCACAAAACCCGACCCAAAGGCCGCACAAACCCGGGCUAA